UAAUAAACUCAACCUGCACUCCAAAUCCAGGAGGUUUUUUGUUGAUCGGCUGCCAAAACUCGCCGAUUCGACCGCAUCAGAUGAUUUUUCAUCAUCAACGAAUAAGUUCCAACGUCGUUCCUUCUUGAGCCGUUUUAUGUGACACGUGUGGUUUUCGGAAAUUUAAAAUCUAUCUCUGUCUUCUUAUCCAAACUGAAAGAUAAAACUUGUCGGUGUAGGAUUAUCGUCGUGGUCUUAUCUGGAUUGGAUUAUCGUAUAAAAAAAGAUCGUGGAGAAAAAAACAAGGAAUCUUUUUCUCAAGAAGGUGCUCCUGUGAAAAUUGCGGAUUAAUCAAUCAGUACUAUAGAUUUAAAAAAAGCAAAGUGUAUUUGUGGGAUUUUCUUUCGAAGAAAUUGUAAACUAUUGUAAUUCAUAAGUGAAUGAAUUUUACUCAGCUUCAGAAUAAUUUAUCCAGUUAAUUUGAUGAGUUUGUGGGAAAGGAAAAACAGUUGAUAUUUCAUAUCACAAUUUAGUUGUUAUUCUAAAUGACGUUGUUAUCCAAGGGUGCUAAUAGUGAAUAGUGUUAAAAAUCAAGCUAGCAAAAUGGUGACCACAAAGAAACGAAUAACCACUGAACUACUCCAUAUAGCUUUAGUUAUCACGCUAUUGAGAGGAAAUCCUCGCCACGUGGGGAUCUAUGAUAAUGUAAUCAGCUCUAAUUUCUUCAACGAUGUCGACAACUUUGUCAAUAUCGAUCAGAUUCUGCAAGGAGGGCCGACCUGGGCUUUUUCGCGUACAAAUUACCAUCGUCUAGGGGGAGGCUAUCAUGAUCCUGGGAUUGAGUAUGCAAAAUCUCUGUCGGGAAGUUUCGAUCCGUACCAUGAUGACGAUAUCUUUGGUGAAGACAUACAUUCAUCGUACAACAAUGAGGAAGACAGGAUGGACUUGGCUGAAGAGGCGUACCGACAACAAUCCCGUCUUCUGUUAUUAUCCAACCUGAACGCCGCAUAUGUGAGGAAAGAUCCGAUCCAAAUUUUUCGUGACAUCACGGCUUAUCUCGUCAGCGAUACGACAACGGAAACCCUUCCCAGCGGUUUAGCCGGACUACCAGUUGUCCCCCUGCGAGUUCGUCUUCCUCUGGGGGUAGUAGUCCAGGAGGAAAUAAUGGAGGUAGCGGUAACAUUGUCCCAACCGGAAGUACAUCACCAACACCAUCCUCUGCCGAUUCGGGUAACGAUUCUGGUACAGAUUCUGGUGAUGAAAGUGGACGCAACUCCGAGUCUGAACCUGACCUUUCCGAACCGAAACUUGAUGAACCUUACUUUGAACUAUUUGAAUCUACUACGCCGCUCAGCCCGGACUCGUUUGACCCGUUUCUAGUUGGCGGAAUGGAUUCAGAGGAGGCCGGACCGAGUACUAGUUCUUCAUCAUUGGGUCAAGAACUUAACAUCCGGAACUCUCCCCAAGAAAAUUACUUGGACCGUUUAAAUGCUGGCUUGAAUGUUGAGACGGACGUCUUUGAUUCCAACGAACUGCUCGACUUUAUCAUCUCCAACCAUCAAACUGCGGCGGAUGCCGAGGAUGCGGAACAACAAGGAGCGGCAUCACUCCCACUACACCCUCCACGCCCAUCGUCCCCAUCGUCCCACCUUUUCCGUGACCUGGAUGACAACUUGCUCCUCGAACAGAGCCUUGUCGCUGACCUUUUUGACCUCCGGGAACUCAAGUCCUACUCCCCCUCCGAGAAUGACCAGUCGGAGGAGAUGGAGUGGUCCUUGGCCGAGGAGGAGGCCCACCUCGACUUCUAUAAGACCUUCAAUGAAGCAGCGAACGAAGUGAUGCGAACCGUUCCCCUCCGAGAAGUUGAAGGACGGCUUUCACCCGAACAACAUCAAGUUCCCGAAGUUGGUGCGACUGCAAAGGAAGGGACUGCAUCUUCUUCCACCAGCGCGGCAUCCACCGUGCCCGAGAUUACGUUGGAAGAUGUAAUUGAUGACUGGCUGGAGACGGACAGUGGAGUUUUUGAUUUCUUAGGAUCCUCCGCAACAACUCCAUCCUCCAUCGACGGAACAAGAAGAAACACCUUUGACAUUGACAGCAUUCCUUCACUCGGCUCUGUCGAAUCCGAUCUAGAACUUGAUGGUGGUGAUCAGGCCACGAGUCAAAGUCAGAGCGAGGAGGACGAAGACGUCGACAUGAUUCAAGCCGCCCCCACAAUUCAUGGAGGGAGACCCACCCCACAUCCUCACCCCGCCCAACCGAGAGGUUUCCAGGUUCAUGCCCGAAUGCCCGGUCUUUUGCGUGGAGGAAGUAGCAUGGACCAACGAUGGCAGGACGUCGUCACCUUCCUCAACCUGCAACAGGGAAAUGGUGGUCAUCCCCACGGAGACGGGAGUGGAGGACCGCUCCCCUUGAGCCACACCUUCGGCUCGCACCUCCACCAUCACGGCGCUCCUCUCCAUCACCAUCACCACCACCACUUCUCCGCACCACCCCCUUCCGCCCCCUACAAUGCAGACUCUGCCAGAAGUGUUCUCCUCCAAAAUGCCACCCUGCCUCCGCCGGACGUCUCCUCGCCCUACAGCAUGGGUCCACCUCCCAACAUCGGUUCGGCCGUGGCGUCGUCCAUGCACCUCACCAACAGCAGUGACCCCAUGAUUGACCCGAGUCUUCACUACAAGAUGAUUGAGCAGUCCCACGACAUGAUUUACUACCCGAACACCACCAACAAUGCGGAGAUGAACAAUCAGUCCACAACCGAUGGUCUCUUCUCAACAGUGGAGGAUGAUUUGCAGUUGCAAUUUGUGGAUAUGUCCGCAUUGAAUGAAGGUAUUCAUCAAAUGCGGAUGUUGGACUAUGGUGUGGGAGCCUCAAUUUCCAACUCGUUAGAAGGCGCCGCCUCCUUACCGCACGGACCCCAGCAACAAAAUCUUCCAAACGGAUGUUCCUCGAUUGGAAUGACGGCUGCGGAAGACCGGCUGGAAGCGUCCAGUGACAGCGCGGUGAGCUCGAUGGGUUCAGAACGUGUCCCACCAAUGACUGACCCCUCCGAUAGUGAAUGGGUUGAUCCAGACAGUCAUCCUCACAGCUCCCACGACUCGUCCCCUUACUCACUCGAUUAUCCAGGAACGAAAGGGCGAGGUUACGAGUAUUACGGGAAGGAUCGCGUCCCAGUCGCGCAAAAGAAGCACCACAUGUUUGGGAAGCGUUUUCAACAAGAGCAAGGUCCCUAUGUGCUACCCCCACACCAUAAUUCUCUCCCUUUGCCAUACCCCUCGGCAAGCGGGCUCCACUCGUCACCCAGUCUGGAUUCGAUGGACUUAAAGUAUGGAUGUGGAGUUGAAUUUGCACGACAUCAAAAUGAUCUUAGAACAAAUGGAGGCUUAGGUUUAGACUCGGUGCACAACAAUCACACCUACGCACUCCCUCCAAACCAUGGGAAUAGCCCUUUGACCACAUUCAAGGCACCCAAGCCACCCAUGAAGGACAAGCAGCCCAAGAUGAGUGAAGACUUGGAUCGCUUUGCAGAAGAUUCCUUAUCGCGAGAUGACAAAAGAGCUCGAGCCAUGAACCUCCCCAUCACCACGGAGGACAUCAUCAACCUUCCAAUGGAUGAGUUUAACGAGCGACUGUCAAAGUUUGACCUUUCAGAGCCACAGUUAUCCCUCAUUCGAGAUAUUCGUCGGAGGGGUAAAAAUAAGGUUGCCGCACAAAAUUGUCGGAAGAGAAAGCUUGACCAAAUAAUGCAGCUAGCAGAUGAAGUACAAACAAUUCGAGAAAGAAAACAAAGUCUUCUCCGGGAACAGCAAGAACUCGGCGCUAGACGUCAUGAUCUCAAAGAGCGGUAUCAACUCUUGUACCGUCAUGUUUUCCAAGCACUGAGAGAUCCAGAUGGUAAUCCGUACAGCAUUUAUGAAUACAACUUGGCCCAAGCAGCCGACGGUAGCAUCAUGAUGGAGCGACAAAGACCCGUCCACCCUUCCAAUGGAGACAAUAAUAACCCCUCUCGUCGUGAUAAAUCCAAAGAUGACUACAACAACAAGAAGGCGGAAUAAUAAUAAACAUGAUGUUGCUGUGCUACACCCACUCAACAACAUUCAAAAUCACUGUGAUCUCGUACUACUACUGCUACUACUUCAACUGAACUGAGCGAAUAUAAAUCUCUACCUAGUUUUUAGUUAAUACAAGUUGAAGAACAAGAAAGAAUGGAAGGCUGAAUUUUGAGAAAACCAAUUUUCAUCCUCGGUUGUUUGUAUUAUUAAUUACUUUAAAUAAUUAUUGUUAACUAGUUAAGAAUAACCAUCACCUAACCUAUGUGGAUUUUUAGGGCGAAAAACAUUACUUACUCAUUUGUUGUUAACUGUGCAAGUAUGUAGCUGUAGUGCUGUUAAUGCACCAGCAGUUAAUAUGCACGGUUGUGAUUGAUGUAUUUAAUACGAAGCAUUUAAUAAUUUUCCAUUCUUCCUGUUCACUACUAAGGAAACUCUUUCAAAUAUUAUUGUUCCGAACUAAAUAACGAAAUUUUAGUUAUUUUAUUAUUAUUAUUAUUAUAAUUAUUGUCAUUAUGUCAACUAAUUAUUAUUAAUUACACACACACACACACACACCACACUACUACAUGUACUUAAUGUCCAUUAGUCAGGAGAAAUAUUUCAUUACAAUGUCAAAUUCUCUCCAACAAGAGAUAUUAUUAAGGAAGAAAAAUGGCUAUUAUUUGCUUUAACAGAGAAGAAUUGUACCAUUAUUUAAUUACAAAUCUAUACACAAACUAAUUAUGUGGAUAAGAAUGGAAUGAAUUAAUCAUCCCCAGAAAAAUAUGUACUAUCCUCUCCGGUUUGUCUUGUUUGGAUUAAAGUUUUAUGAAUUAUACUGUUUUGAGAGGGAUUUCACAUAACGUAUCGAUCGUGUACCUUUCAUGACGCUCUUUCUUACUAAUAUUAAAUAUGAUACCAUAAUUAUCAUGAUAAUAUUAUGAUACCAAAACCAACCAACCACUCCCUUCUUCCAGAAUAGUUAUUGUUAUAGAAAGCUGGAGAUGAUUUGUGGUAGUGGGGUCGUUGUUUGUUUUCAAACUGUUUUUUUCUCGUCUUUUAUUAAAACUAUAUUUAACAAAACUCGCUGCUAUGUGUUAGAAUCAUAAACCGUAUGAUAAAAAGUGAGCAAGAUAAAACGAUUAUGCCGUUUAAAAUAAUCGUGCCGUUUUAAAAAAAUCAUUUGUAAAUUUCUGCAUGAAAUCCCUGUGAGAUGAUGGAAUGAAAUGGAAUAAUAAAAACCGUUGUUAUUUGAAA